GCUAUCUGCCUUGAAACCCUUUUCAUUUCAUCUCUUCCUGGAGGGGAAUAUGUUGGUGUUCGUUCCAACUCCUAUUCCCUUUCUAGGUGGUAGGCCUUCAAAGCCAAAUGAGAACUUGAAAUCUGUGUGGCUGAUUGCAGAGCUGGUAGGCUGAAGAUUUCCUUGGGAAAAUUUAAUGUAGGGGUCGCUUUGGCUUAUAUUCAGAAGAUGGGAGAGAGAAUUUUCUGUCUGGAUACAGCAGUGGUUGGGUGGUUGGGUGGUGGUGGGAAUGAGGCUGCUUCUGAUUCUUCUCUUCCCUGCCUUGUCCUCCACGAUGAUGCAAUCUGAGGACUGGAAUAUUCAACCCUGAGUGGUAAAAGGUCGACCUACCCCAGAAAGGAACUUUCUCAUGGAGGGCACCUGUUGCAGAGGCUGGAAGUGAAAUAAAGGCGUGCCCUUGUUUUCGAGCUCUGCUCUAUUGAAAUACAAGGAAGGCAGAGCCCAGGAACAUUGCUUUGGGAAUUCCUCCUGCAAAUUAGGCUUUUCUAAAAGCCUGAGCAUCUUGUUAUACAUAUAGGCGAUCAUUGAUCAUUUGGUCAUGGCUAGCAUCAUUACUCAUGUGGGUAAUAGCCGGCGGCAAAACACACCCUUGCCUCCUUGGGCCCAUUCCAUGUUGAGGUCCUUGGGGAGGAGUCUUGGUCCUUUAAGGUUCAACAUGGCAGAAAGAAACAUGAAUUUGUUUUCCGGCAGAGCGGUACCAGCCCAAGGGGAAGAAACCUUUGAAAACUGGCUAAUCCAAGUCAAUGGGGUCCUGCCAGAUUGGAAUAUGUCUGAGGAGGAGAAGCUCAAGCGCCUGAUGAAAACCCUUAGGGGCCCUGCCCGGGAGGUCAUGCAUUUGCUCCAGGCAGCCAACCCCAACCUAAGUGUGGCAGAUUUCUUGCACGCAAUGAAAUUGGUGUUUGGGGAGACUGAAAACAAUGUGACUGCCCAUGGUAAAUUUUUUAACACCCUGCAGGCACAAGGGGAGAAAGCCUCCCUUUAUGUGAUCCGUUUAGAGGUGCAGCUCCAAAACGCUAUUCAGGCAGGGAUCAUAGCCGAGAAAGAUGCAAACCAGACUCGCCUGCACCAGCUCCUUUUAGGGGCUGAGCUGAAUGGGGACCUGCACUAUAGGCUGAAGCAUCUUCUCAGGAUGUAUGCAAAUGAGCAGGAGCGUCUUCCCAAUUUCCUGGAGUUAAUCAAGAUGAUAAGGGAGGAGGAGGAUUGGGAUGACACUUUUAUUAAUCAGAAGCGGGCCAGGAGAUCUGAGUCAAUGGUGGAGAGGGCAACCAGCCCAGUGGCAUUUCAGGGUUCCCUACCGAUAGUGAUCGGCAGUGCUGACUGCAAUGUGAUAGAGCUAGAUGAUAUCCUCAAUGACUCAGAUGAGGAUGUGAUCCUGGUAGACCCUCCACUUCCAUCCAUGGGUGCCCUUCCCCUCAGAGACAGGGUCCCACCUCAGGAUCAGACAUUGGUCAUUGAUUCCCCCAACAGUUCCCAGGUCCAGUCUCCUUCCAUCAGUGGUGGUUCCGGGUAUAAGAAUGAUGGUUCUGGGGAUAUGCGUAGAGCCAGGAAGCAAAAAUACACAACCCACUGUUCAUAUUGUGGAAAGGAGGGCCACUCCAAGGAAACCUGUGACAAUGAGAGCAACAAGGCCCAGGUAUUUGAGAACCUGAUCAUCACCUUGCAUGAGCUGAUACCUACAGAGGAGGAGGGGUCAAAAGAGGUACCCAGUGAAAACAAUGACCUCUGAGCCACAGUAAGGUGAGAGACCCAGCCCUAAGUGAAUCCUUAGAUAUACUAAAAAACUGGUGAUGAGAAAAAUGGGAGUAGAUUUCUAUCUGCAUGAAUUAAUCCAUGGAAGAGGAGGUGUUGGAUGCCAGCAAAGUGGAGGAGAUGGCCUGACCUCUGUCCCUGCUCCCUCUUCUGUCUCCCUAAGGGUCUAUUCUCUGUGCCUCUAUUUCCUUGCUGACUUUGUUUUAUGAAAGGAGUAGAACACUUUGUUAAACCUUUAAAAAUGUAGGAAAAUAGAAAAACUAAAGUACAAAUCACCUGAAACUCUCCACUCAUAUAGCCAUUGUCAGCCCUUUGAUGAAUGUCCUUUUGUAUAUUUCCUUAUAAUUGUGUACCCAGAUAAAUAUAUGUAUACAUAAAAGUGAUCAAAUAUAAGUGCUGUUCUAUACUGUGUAUUUUUUCACCAAGCACUAUAUGUGGUGACCUUCUAUGUCAAUGAAUAUAUAUAAGCAUCAAGUUUAAUGUCUGUGUGUGAUAUUAAUUUUAGGAAUAUAGAGGAAAAAGAGGAAAACUAAAUAUAGAAGCUAUAAUGAGGAAGGUCAUACUCCAAAGUAGAAUUUUUAGACAUGAAGAAAAGGGAAGCUGAAAAAGACUUUCAUUUUUUUUUUGCAUGUACCUGUCCAAUUUUCCCAACAC